AUGACAGAAAUCGCCAAAACUGCCGACGCAAAUACGGGUACCGACCCACCAGUCAACAUUCGUGGAGCCCUAUACGCCGGGACGCAAGACGAUGAUAGUGUCUAUACCUACGGCGGAACCGUGUCAUGGGUUAACGAGACCUUCCCGGGAUUCCAGUGGCCAACCGCCCCUGCGUACACCCUAUGGUCGUAUGGCAUUUCCAGCAACGCCUGGGAUCAAUAUGACAUAUCACUGGAUGCUCCAUAUCGUCCAGCUGGAGGUUCAUAUGCAGAGGCGACAGACCAAGGCCUCGGUUUCUAUCUGAAUGGAUACAUUGAUAAUGGGUCAUCGUCACUUUAUUCCUCCUUGACAAAUUUCCAACGAUACCUAGACGGUCUUAUCGUGCUCGACAUCAGUACCCAGGAAGCAGUCAAUAUCUCAACCUCGUCCCUCACCAAUUAUCCACGCGCAAUGGGUGGCUUGGUCUCCCUGCCCAAUAUUGGCAGCAAAGGCAUAAUGGUUUCUAUGGGAGGAGUGACAAAAUCAGCAGAUAACAGUAACUUGUCGGAUAAUGGGACAUAUGUAUCCUUUGACAGCGUCGAUUUCUUCGAUAUUGCGUCCAUAAAUACCACCAACUCAAGUGUGAAUUGGUACACUCAGAGCACGACUGGAGACAUUCCAGCCCCCCGAACGGACUUCUGCGUCAUCGCCGCGUCUGCCCCUGACAACUCGAGUCACAAUAUCUACCUCUAUGGCGGCAAGAAUAGCACUACAGUCUACGAUCAGAUGUAUGUCCUAAGUAUUCCCUCGUUCGAGUGGGUCAAAAUUUACGAAGGAUCAUCGCCCCGUUACGGACACACCUGUCACUUAGUGGCACAAUCUCAAAUGUUGACUGUCGGGGGAGUCGAGUAUAUGGAUGUCACAGAGAACUGUGACUGGGAAGACAGGGGCGUGGCUAUCAUGAAUUUGAGGGAUUCCACAUGGGGCAGUGUGUACAACGCCAAUCCAGGCGAGUAUCUGGUACCUUCUAAAGUUUAUUCGGUUAUUGGUGGCAGCGCAAUCGGAAAUGCCACUAUGAGUAAGCCGUCGCGUGGGUUCAGCAAUGAUGCAGUUGAGGCAUUCUUCGAUCACAAAGCCACAGCAUCUACCAAUGCGAGUACAAGCACAACCACGAACACGACCACAGCCACAAACACAACGAAGAGCAAAAAUGUUUCAAGCUCAAGUCUCAGUGGUGGAGAUAUCGCGGGUAUUGUGAUCGGUUCUCUUGCUGGCGUGAUCCUCAUAGCUAUGGGUGAGAGAUCAUUGUUGGGGUCUCUGUUCGGUAAUCCACGACAGAAAAUGCAGGAAUUACCUGAUCAGUUAGCGCCUGAGAUGCCUGAUUCGGCCAGGUAUGAGAUGCCUGAUUCGGCCAGGUAUGAGGUGCCUGAUUCGGCCAAGUAUGAGAUGCCUGAUUCGGCCAAGUAUGAAGUGCCUGAUUCGGCCAAGUAUGAAGUGCCUGAUUCGGCCAAGUAUGAGAUGUCUGCUGAUGUUGCACCUGUCGAGCUUCCAGGGUCUGGAGAGAACAGGAGGAGUGUUUACUUACCAGAAAAAUUUUAA